UCACACCUUUGCCAAAAUGACAAAACCCCACAAUUAACAAAAAAAAAACCAUGCACAUCUUACAUCAGAAUACUCCUACUCCAAACCCCAAACCUCGAAUUGAAAUCCCACCCCGAAUCCCAAAAGAAGAAAAAUAAAUUCAAGCACAUAGACCGACGAUUCAAUCCAAACCCAAAUACCAACAGAAAAAAAAAAAGAAGCAUAAUGGGAGUUGACGAAGAUCCAAACACACGACCACUAACACUGAUGCAUACGACAGAUCCUUCUAGAGGUCGCGGACCUCGAACAUGUUGCGGUUCUUGACGACGAUGUCGUACAUGUGCAUGGACUUGAGCCUGUUGAAGUCCCUGGGGAGGCUAAUGAGGUGGACGGUAGACCUUUUGUGGAACUGUAGCAGCUCCGGCUCCGACAGCUUCCGCUCCAGCACCGCGUACGACGUGAUCACCUCGUUGCUCGGCGCGUGCACCAGCACCUUCCUCCCACGCGCCCCCGCCGCCGACUCGCUCGCCGGGUUCUCCACCAGCCGCACCACGCCGUUCUUGAACACCCACACCCCCGACAUCGAAGAAAGCUACGUCGUUUCGCUCUUAAAAAACACCCUAAACUUGAGU